CUCACGUGCCGCGUCAUUCACUAUGGCCGGGUCACGUUGUCUCGCAUUCAUCUCCCCUUUAUUCCGCGGGAACUCAUCUUCAGUAUCGUUAUGAACAAUGGCAAACGUAGGUAGCCUAAAUUACUACCUCCAAGUGGUGACAGCGCUCCCUUUUCAUCCUUGCGUCAUUGUAUUAAUCUGAGAAGCGAGCGCGUGGAGGCGUGUGCGUCGUCGGCCAAUCAGAGUUCACACGGGGCGCGCGAGCGCACAUGUUUACAGGCGACAUUCCGCCGGUACAGCCACUGUCUCUGGAAAACCCGGACGGAUUACACGGAACGGAGUCUUUCUCGUGCGACACCCGGUCUGCGGAGGCCGGGGCAUAACGUUGCACAUUGCAGGAACACUCAGAACAGAACAGUGGAUGAGCUAGACAAUGCUCUGACAUCCAUCCGCAUAAAUCCUCAGUGGUUUAUCGCAUAAAUAUCGUAGUCUGUAUUGUGCAAGACGCAUCAUGUUUAUCGAUCCGAAACUCGCGCUCCGCUCCGCGUUUUCUAUAGCCCGCCAGCUUUAAGGGAACGACGGCAAGGAAAACAAACAGGUCGAUAGAAGAAAGAUAUCGGUUGCCGGUGGUCAGUCGGUCGGAUGCAGAGGUUAUCAAAAGUAAAAUCUCCUAUUUGCAUGUUGUAACGGUGCACCGGUCGCAGGUCCCGAACGUGCAAGUUCACGUUGUACAUGAACGCGGACCAAGUGGUGAAAUAUGUGGAUGCGCUCCAGAUCUGUGAAAAUGUCGCACGUUCGGCCCGUGAUAAUAUUCGCAGAGCGCAAGGUUUGUCCGGUCGCGUUUUGCUGUUUUUAAAGCGAAAUUACUGUUCAGCGUGAUUAUACUUUCAUUGAUAUAUGAACUAUGCAUACUCGGCGGCUGGUGAAGCGUUCGGUCAUCGGAAGCCGCGUAUACGCGCCGGGUUCACCGGGAGACGCGGCACCGCUCACGGGAGUCAUUCAGGCUGUCAAACAGGACAACAGAGAUGCUGCUACCGGUCACCGGCGAAACGUGUACACGGUGCUUAUGCAGGACGGGAGCUUAAAAGAGUACACGGAGGAAGAGAUCGCGCAGAUGACUGCGAAAGCGCCGUUAAAGUCCAGUUUGAAGCAGAGCACCUGUAACGGUGGCCAGCGGGACGGACCCAUGUCGGGUCAGAACGGAGGAGUUCAGAGGGGAGAGACGCCCUGCCUCAGCCCGGAGAGCGCAGACGAGUCACGGGUGCUGGAGCACAAGAGGACGGGUCGAGCGAUUGAGCAAGAGAAGGAAAGCACUCGCUCGGUUUCUCUACUGGAGCAGAAACGAAAGGUGGUCUCAUCCAGCAUCGAUGUACCACAGGCCAGGAAGUCAGAGGAGGAGUUGGAUAUGGACAAGGUGACAGCUGCCAUGGUGUUGACCAGCCUGUCCACAAGUCCGCUGGUACGAAGUCCUCCUGUAAAAGUCAAUGACGGUCUGAACGGUUCGUGGAAGGAUGGAGGCUUCACCCCAUCCAGUUAUAGCAGCAGUGGAUAUUGGAGCUGGAGCGCACCCAGCGACCAGUCGAACCCGUCCACACCAUCCCCGCCCCUGUCCGCUGACAGCUUCAAACCCUUUCGAAUGCCCAGCCUCAACGGGCCGUCCGACGACAACAUCGAUGAGCACGACGGGAACAGCCUGCUGUUCGACGAACCCAUCCCCCGAAAACGCAAGAACUCCAUGAAGGUGAUGUUCAAGUGUCUGUGGAAGAACUGUGGGAAGGUCUUGAGUACGGCUGCUGGGAUCCAGAGGCAUAUUCGAACCGUCCACCUUGGGCGUAAUUGUGAGUCCGAGUGCAGUGAUGGUGAGGAGGAUUUCUACUACACAGAAAUUAAGCUGAACACCGACUCUGUGGCAGACGGUUUGAGCAGUCUGUCUCCUGUGUCCCCGUCUGUGCUGUCCUCUCCACCAGCUCUGGACCAGAGAUCACCGGACAGCACCAACGGCCCGAAGAACGAGAACAACGCCAGCACCCCUCUCAGUCGCUCUGCUCCCAGUGCACUCUACCUAGUGCACACAGACCACGCCUACCAGGCCACAGCCCCAGUCACCAUCCCCUCCACCAACUCCACCGGCUUUACACCAUCCAGCAGCAGUUUCAGUAUCUCCUGGCAGUCCCCACCCGUCACAUUCACUGGCACCCCCGCUUCACCCACUCACAGCCGGACUCAGGGCUUUGGUGAGCAACGCUCUCAGACCAUUGCAGUGAUCUCAUCUCCACCCAGAGCCGCAGGUUCCCUCAGUAGGAAGUCGCGUGGCGAGGGGAAGAAAUGUCGAAAAGUCUAUGGCAUGGAGAACAGGGACAUGUGGUGCACGGCCUGCCGCUGGAAGAAAGCCUGCCAGAGAUUUGUUGACUGAAACAGCUGUGAUAGCUGAGACGUAUAAACAGGGUGGGCUUCUCGUGGAUGCGUACCAUAAUGAAAAUAAAAAGUUUUACUUCUCUUUGUUACUGACCACAGUCCCACCCUGCUUUAUCUUAAACCCAUAUGACGCCGGAGGUCAAACCUCUCUUGAACCAACAGACCCUCUCUCUCUUUCUUUAUGAAGUUUCUCUUGGAGGCGAGAUACGAAAAAAAUGAAAAACUUGUCUCUUUUGUUCGUGAAAUACUGCUUAUAAAGCAUUCCAGUCAAUGCCUGGAGGACCAACCUCUGUCCGAGGUCUUUUCAAAGAGUACAAAACUCUCUCGGAGACUUUGAGAGCACUAUGAAACCGAAUAGAAAAAUUUGUUUUUUUCUUCUCUGUGUACAUUUUUCUCCUACCCAUUUUACUUAAGGUUCAGGGUCGGACAGCCUAAAAACCCUGCUUCUCUGUCUCUUCAAGAAUGUAACACCACAGGGAUUUGUUUUAGGAUUUGUAAGGUUGAGUGGACGUCUCCCCUGAGUGGGAAUUCAUCAAUGCAAAAAAUGAAGGUAUGGCAAGCAAAAUGGAUAGAAAAAGACUUUCAGCCGCCACUUUCGGUCGUGCCGUCACAAGCAAUUACAUCUACGAUGGAGGGAUUUUAUAUCUCUGCUUUUAUAUCAACAGGACGUUUCUUUCAGGGAUGUGAAAGCAAAACCAGCAGUUAGAUUUAUCAGUCGAGGGUUUUUGUCACAGGAAUAUAUCUUCUUGCUACCAAAAAGGGUUUUUUUUAACGUGCCAAUUUUUUGCUUCAUGUAUAACUGACUUUAUUUCAUUUAUUGAACUUCAUCGGCACAUCAGACUCUUCCGGCGGAGAAGCAAACUCAUUCAUAAGAGAGCCAUACGUGAGCUCACGGGUUCACGCUGCAGUCAAACGCUUCGUUUACCUCCUGUAGGUGAAGAGAUCUUCCUCACCUUUGAUUUUGACCUCAACGGCUCAAGUAGGAAGGAAUAAAAACAGCAGAUGCCACGUCAUUGGCCAGACAAGCUGAAAAUUGCAUCUUUUUGUUAUUUGUAUGUGGUUUUGUGUAACGGGACAGCUCACUGGUCACAUAAGGAUGGGCAUCUUUUGGUCAGAUUGUUUUCACGGCUCCGGUUUGAUCCCAGAACAGAUCCGAAAGGAAUUACGGCAGCUCGCUCUUCAGUUUUCUGGCUCUGAUACAGUAAAUUAUAAUGGCGCUUAUGGUGAUCAGCUCAGUUUCUGUUUUGUCAUCCCAUGAUUCUACUUGCACUUGAUAUGUUUAUAAAGAUUUAUAGUCAUGGUUGCUCCAAAGCUAAAAGUGACGCUUCCAACAACUUGUGUUUUUAUUUGGUUUAAUUGUUAACUAGGCCGAGAGCAUUUUUAUGAUGAAAUGAUAUAUCACAACCUUUACGCAUUAUGCAGUUAUUAAAGCUGAGGUGUGAAAAUAAUGACAGGAUUUCUCUCCAUCUGGCAAACAAACCAGACAGUCCCAAACCAAAUUUACAUCACCGUUGCCAUAUUAGGAUGCUGGGUCAAUGAGUGCAAUGUUUCGAUAGCAUCACUGUGUUUACUCUUUUUAUAGAAAUGAAACUUCAAAAUAACUCUGGAUAUUAAAGUGAUUUAAUAUUGAAAACUAUUACACACUUCAGCUUUGCAUCAGAAGACAUUAUAUGUGUGAAAUGAUUGAAAACUGCCAUUGGUCUUCUAUGCUAAAAAUCCACAAACCACAUGCUUCAUACACCAUCAAUAACAAGACUAAGCUAAGGUCAAACCCCACACCAGCACCCAAAACGUUUGUAAUCUUCCACCAGAGAUGAAGGGAUGUGUUUUCGGAUGAUCAGCUGCCGCCUCCCUUCAUUCCCUUCCUGGUGCUACCACCGCUUGUGAGAUAUCUCAUGGCGUUUUGGGUAAAAGCUGAUGAACCUUCCUACAGUUUACACUUGGGUGUCCAUUCUGGGAAACUUAUUCCAUCCCGUUUCCAUGUGUGGAAAUUGAAGUAAUUUUUGGGAUCAAGUAUCGGGUGCUAUUGGAAUAACCCAGAAUAUCUUUUUUGUCUAUAUGCUCUUGCCUCAGAUAAGCCUGAGUUGGCGAUUUUACCGUAAAUACGUGUGAUUACAGUAGCAGCCGUUUGAGUAAUGAUAUCACCAUUGUGUUACCAUGGUGCUCACCAUAUCUAUUGGCUGUAGUUUUAUUAGCUGGCGGCAUCUUUACAUCACGGGCUGCCAUUUUUCUUCUCGUUUUAUAUAACAUGAAAAUAUAAGGUGCGUAUCAAGCUACAGCAUGAACAUGUUCGCCAUGCUUGUUGAAUUAUAUCGCCAACUUUCGUCCACUGGUUAAACGAUAUAUAACUUACCUACAGUGCUUAUGUAAGCCACCUGGUUAACACUAUAUAGAAGUAGUGCUGAAUACUCAUGAAUACCAGCUUUGGUCAAGGUCGCAUAGUUAGGGAGUACUUAAUACACCGAGAUUAACCGUUAGCUGUCAGUAGUCUUCUCUGGUUCUGUGUUAACAUACAGUAUAGGACAUAACCAAGAUAUUACUUCUUAUAUUACUCAACGUCUAAAUGUAUUAACUGUUAAGGUACAGGUGAACUUGUGUACAGAUUCUGGAGAACAGAACAAAGAUGUUUCCCCGUUGGACACCAGGAUAGAGAUGUAUUUCUUGACAUUUAAAGACAAAAAACUCUCACCAUCUGUUGUUCUCAUGCAGCGAUGUAAAGAAAAUUGGAAGGGGUAUUGAUCAGAGACACGUAUCUGUGCAGAUGUGUUGGUCGAUAGGUCCCAACACGAGGCUGAACAUUUACUGCCUUUGCAUCGAGCGAGAGUCCUUCAUGUAACUGCCAGAUGGCAGAUGGACCACUCGCUAGUCUUCUUAUGUAACUGUGUGUAGUUGUGUGCGUUUGUGCGUCCAGCCAUAAACAGCAAGCGCGAAGGACAUUGACGGUGCGGAAAAAAUGCUACGUCUGCAGAUAAGACUCGACGAGUGGAAACGUCAAGAUUUUGUUGUAUUUUAUUUGUUAUUCAUCUAAACAAGAACUUGGUCUCUAUCAGAGAGCUUUUAAUCACGGCUGUCAUCAUCACUGUGUCUUGUAAAAGGCAAGCCGGUGUUGACUGCAUUCUGCAAUGCAUACUUACAACAAAACAGCUGGCGGGUCCCGGUAGCGCGUGGUCAGGGCCAGAGAAGGGACCUGAAAUGCUUUUGUUGUUUAUCCGUGGAGGGGGGGAAUCUCUCCAAACUUUUUCAGGAAUGUAUUUGUAUGAGGAAUACCGGAGUUUGACUGUGCCUUGGUGAGGUCUGAUGCUGUGCACAGAGAUGCACAGAAAAAGCAAAGGAAUGUUUUCGGUGUCGGCUUGUCUGAGUUCAUUUCGUCGGAGUUAAGGCGUUUUUUACUUUCGGCAGAUAUAAGGUCUAGCGUUCGCUUCUUAAGGGAAGGCGGUGGGCGUCUUUUUUCCCAGUUGUCCUUCCUAAACGACUUUCAGCUACAAUUGUGUAGUUGUUUUUCUCUGUCGUUUUCAUCUCCGGGUUUGGGAAAGCUUUUAUUCAAAAUGAUUACGGCUGAGUUUUUAAAGAAACUUUUUCUUACAAGAUAGUUAAACAGUGAGAUCAUUCAUUAUUCUCAGAGACUAAAACUUCAGCCUAACCAAACAGAUCAAGAAUAAAAGCUAAAAAUCUUGCUGUUAUGAAUUACUAGCUUGGUCCUAACCGCAGAAAGCAGAUAACUCCGGGCCGGAUCCGCACCGGACCUACGCCGAAAUCAACAGCUCCGGUGCGGAUCCGUCCCGGAUUCGUCUGAUGUCUCCAAGUUUAUGAAAUCACCUCCAAUGGGUUUCAGGAAAAAAAUAUAAUGGACACGUUAGCUUUGUUUCUAAACCUAGCAUGCUAAGUUUUGCUCGUUGUUGAAAAAGAUUGGAAGAUAUCUUGAACAGGGCGCUCUAGGCUGAUCAGAUAUAUAAACUUAAUGUAGGAUUUGUUAAUGUCAAGAUCUAUUGGAAUCAGUUCUACAUUUCAGGAUGUUUACAAUUGUACAUUUUGGUUAGGAUUUUGCAAGCUGUCUAUGUGUAAAGGGCAACACCGCAUGCUAUGGUUUUUCAACAGAGCUGUCGAUUAGAUACGAUUAUACGUUUGUUUAAUCUGGCACGAGACGGUUGUGCUCAUCGCUCUGAAUGGAUUAUCUCACUGCUGAUCGUUGUCAAUCAAAAACCAUGUUAACCUCAAGAACUCAAAGACUGUCGCACUGGAUUUUUACACUUUUUCAAGUAUUUGCUGAUCUAAGUGUAUUUUUUAAUACUGCAUGUGCAUGCCGAUGGAAAAAAAGAAAAAAUAGCUGAAUUUCUGAAUGUCGUUGGUGAUGUUUUAUCCGUGUAAACCGACACAGGGCAGGUAGGCUGCUGUUACUAUAUGACUUGCAAAAACCAUCCUGACUUCCGUUCAUUUCUAACAUCCAGUUUCAGCAUUGGGAAUAGUCUUACAUUUAAUAGUGUGGAUUCUGACGCAAAGGUCUUUUUUUCCUCAUGGGUUUUAACCCUUAAAGAAAUCACUUUCUCAUGAUGUUCUGAAUCUGAACCGAUACGACUUUCUUUUAAAAAAGUCAUGCGAGUGGUAUAGCUGAAGCGAUCCGGAUGACUCGAGUAUGAAUGUACAGAGGUUAGCACACGAGUCUUGAGUCAUUUUAUGGUCCCAUUUUCAGUCAUAACAGCUUGUGUGCUUUGACUAAAUCAAAAAGAAAGUCAACCGGGGUUUAGACUGACAUGAGGUUGGGAACAACUGAACUUUUUGUGUGCACUGUUUCUUUAAGGGAGAGCUAAGAAAGCCAAAAGUGUGUGUGGUUUCUUUUAGACCUGCUCUAUACUUAGCAUCAUGUGCACACAUCCGUUGAUUUUAUAGACCGUUGCACAGGGUCGACCGCCCUAAAAACAAACACAUGCUGAUGAUAAUAGGAACAGCGUCUGACCUCGGUAGCAAAUAUUAUUGGCAUAAUAACAAAGCAUAAGACUAAAUGGAGGGACCGGUUGAUCUGAAGGACCAAUACAAGUCAGUCCAGACUGUGCUUUUUUUAACGGUUUUUUUUGACAUUCCUGGUUUGAGAAAUAUGUUGUCUGAUGUCGAGUGAGGACGUCUGAUGCGUCAAGAGAAACUCAGGAUGUCUUCAUCUUUGCAUGCCGCUGCUAGCAGACGCAGCAGUUAAGUUGUGAAGCCAUAAAAGAAAAGAGGUGUUUGGGUGACCCAUGCCAUUUACCAAAAUAAUAACGUCCCCAAAUUCCACAUAUAUCAUUUGACCAUUGAGCAAUGUUUAGAGUAUAUUACUGUGUUUUAUUCAUUAUUGCACAUUGAUGUAUUUCAAAGCUGUUGAUGGAAGAAGGUACCCGUUUAUGCCAAUGUGAAGGACAAACUCUUAUAGAUAGAGCAAGUUAAAAACUAUAUUACAGAUUUCAAGGGGAUAUCUGCUCUCAAAUCAUGUUGCAAAUACACAUGUUUAAUAUUACACGAUUUACUUGCCACUGACAUUAGCACAAAAAUCCAAAGAUUUUUCAAAUUCGUCAUCUAAAAUGUGAGGAAAGAGCAAGACAUUUAAUUUUGGCCAAUUUGUGAGAUGGCACUGUGAAAAAUUAAAACCCACAAGUUUCUAUUUUUAGCACGUAGAUGUCUUUGUCAUUGCUUGUAAUCCCAGCGCGGUUUAACCUCUGCAUCCCUCAAACCUUUCUUCAACAUCAACCCAUUAUAAUGCAAUGAAGAAAGAUUUCAGGAGCAGAUUUUUGUGGUGUUGUAUUGCUGCUGAAAGCUUGUAACCGGCAACACUUGACUCUUAAUGAAAUGAAAGAAAUGUAGCCCUGUUGUUAAACGGUGUCAAGCAUCAGCAGAGAUGAGGGCCUUAAUUAAAAGAGAUUUUCAAGGCUUUAUGCCACUAUAGUUUGUCGUCGUGUCUGGUCUGUUCACUCGGAUACAAUUAUGCAAUUUUAUGCUUUAGUGUACAGGCUCAUAUGGCAACAUAUAUAAAUCAUAGUAAGAUUGAAAGAAGUUAUUUUUACACCAUGCAUUUACUGUGCACACACUUGUCUUUACUGUGGAGCGUAGAGGGAGCUGAAAUGAUAUGACAUUAUCUUAUACUGCAAUACAUUAACUGAAAGCACUUGGCUAUGUGUAUAUUUGUGUCUUAUCUUGUUUAUCUAAUUGCACCGUUUUGUUCCCUUUAUUUCAUUUUUUUUUCUCAAAAAGAUUUUCAUCUCCUAAGGGAGGAAACACGUGGUGACUGUUAUUCUUCUUCUUCUUCUUAUCUCCCUUGCUGGCUGUAUUAGUUUUUACUCUGAGCUGUGUGUAAAUAGAAACUGCCAUUGUAAUUGUGCUACAGUGACAAUGUUUGGUGCUUGUCAGUGCCGCUGUUGUUUAUAUUGGUGUGAAACCUUUCUAAGGUGCCUGUGUUACUAUGAGCUCCUGGUUUAUUGUCACAGAAAAAUAAAGUUUUUC